AUGCCAUCAAACUUCUCUCACGACCAAUACAAGAAUUUAAACAAGCAAAUCACACCACCCACUCCAACCUUUGAAAAGUUGCAACAUACUCCUGCAUCAUCAACAUCAUCGGGUAAUGCUCCAUCAUCCAAUCCAAAAUAUAAUUUACCCAAUGCCAACAAAACCAGCUCCGGAUUCAAGAAGGUGAGUCCAUCCUCCAUCUUUAGAGGAAUUGGAAACAUUCCGUUUGAGGCUGCUUCGUUUGAGAGAAAGAGGGGAGCUGGAAUUGUUGCUCUCGUAUUGGGAACGCUGAUUGUUGGUACUUAUGGAUAUACCAUCUACAGUAUGAAACAAGAGAAUUUCUCGGAUGUGGUAAUUCCUGAUACUUUAAAGCAAAAGGAAUAA